AGAUGACUGCCCCGCUUUCGGGAUAUUUCUGAGUCACAAUUCAGAACUCAGAACUCUCAACUCAGAACUCAGAACUCAGAGCCCCGACUCAGAAGUGUGCUCCAGCUCACAUUAGCACUGUGUUAUCAGCUAUCAGUGCGCUAAAUAAUAAGUCAUUGCCGAAUGAAAACAUUGUAAGUACACACACUCGAUUGCAAUUGCUAUUGUGUGUUUCCAUCCACUCUGCGCCACUUGGAAACCCAAGGGGUUCGCUGGGCGAAGUCGAACUGUCGAAUGCCUGACUAAUUACGAAAUGUUUGCCGGGGAACACUGACAGACUUCCCAGGAAUUCUCGCAGAGAUCGCCAGACACGUCCCAGUCGUUGGAGCCGAGCUCACCGCGAUUCAAUGUUUGUCACAUAAUUGUUUAAUUGCACGUAGGACAGAUGGAAGUGGAUAGCGAUCGUGUCGGCAACCAUAUAUGAGUACUUCACCCAUUUGCAGUCACUCAUUCUGGACUUAUUCUAACACCUUUGGCAAACCAACGGUCGCCUAAGAUUAUGCUACGUCUAUUUAAGGUGUCCCCAAGUGGGAAGGCAGGUGAGCAGAUCCCAUGGAACUUCAGCAGACAGCUUGGGAUCCAAUUGGCACGCAUAUAUGAUAACAGAUACCAGGGGGAUUCUACAUGCCAAAGUGGACUAGGUGUCGGGACAGGCCUACAGAUAUUCCCAUGAUUAGAUAAACUAGCUAGGGAACAUCGGUAGAAAUACAAGCCCAUCUGAGUAAUGAAUUGAAUCGUAAACGUAAAUGAGUGUGCUAGUAAUUAUAGUUGUGCUUUGCAAUAACCAGAUUUCUCCCCAAAGGUGAAUACUAUGAAGUCGUUGACUUCUUGGGCCUGGGGGAGUUGCUUUUGUCGGUUCGAUCUACGCGUUCCUUAAUCCCCAUUCAGCUGGCUAAUAGAGCGCAGAACUGGUUUCCCCGAUCCAGAAAUACUCCACCGGGUGAUGUAACAGAGAACUCCACUUUCUGUGCCCCACAGACGACUCGUAAACAUGUCUACGACACACGACCUGUAACGGAACCCAAAACCAUGAGUCGCACCCGAUCGAAAAAGUUCCUAAACCAUUAAUAUCACACCGAAAGAAAAAGUCCAGCCCUGAAAAUUGGAAACCAAGAAGCUAAUUUGAGAAACAAAUUCGAGUAAAAAAAGAUUUGUUGUAAAGAAUGAAGGAAAUUAGAGAUUAAGGCAGCGGAUGAUAAACUCCAUUCAAGGGCACAUAUUUUUAAAGAUUUUUGCUGGCAACUAAAAAGCUGUUCUGAAUCUUUUUUCUUCAGUGGCACCGCCCAUGUUCAUAUGCAUACAAAUAACGUCAUAUAUCAAAGAGCACUAUCGCGGGAUAUUGAACUCUUCGGAUUCAUUUGGGAAAAUGCAGGGCUGGCAGAACGAUUAUGGAAGUGGACUGGACUGAGAAGUGGAGGCAUCCCACAAAGCCUCAUAUGCAAAUUAAUGAGCGCAGUUAUUAGAACGGUGCUUGAUCGAUCUAAAAUCGAGAUCUGAAUCGAGAUGAACAGAAAAGAAAGGCAGCCCAAAUUUGGGCCAUUGCAUGGGUUAUUCUAAUGAGCAAACCGGGCAGAAGAUGUGGGAUUAUCACAGAUGCACCGCCUAUAAAAGGGCAGUGCAGCUGCAGUGGUCAGGUUAUUCCGAGAGAGAUCAUGGAUCGAAGAGUGACAGCGAUUGGUUUGGUUAUCCUGCAGCUGCUGGUCAGCGGCUUCUGCUUCCAGGAGAAGGCUCCGCUGCAGACGAGCCUGGUCAGCGGACAGGCCAGGAACGACAAGCAGCAACAGGUGCUGGACGAUCCGCUGGGCAGUGGACGCGGGAUUGAAGACCACCUGCUGAAGACCAUUGGUAAGGGCGGCAUCAAGCUGGUGAUGGCCUCGGGCGCCCCGACGACCACCCCGAAACCGUCAGUACAACACCAUUACUAUUAUCCACCAGAGGAUCAGCAGCACCCACGGCAGUACGGCUAUCCGCCGCCCUGGUCGCCAGCACCGGGCCCUUAUCCGCCGCCUCCACAGCGUCCCUGGGGGCCACCACCGCCACCCGGACCUCCGCCGCCAGGACCUCCUCCGCCGGCGCCCUACUACAAUCCCUACUACAAUGGCUUCAACUACUACGGCGCAUAUGGCGGCUAUGGCUAUGGGGGCUUUGGCUAUCCCGGCUAUUCCGGCUAUCCUGGCUAUCCCUACUAUCCCUUCUAUCGCUCCUCGACGGCUGGGGAGGUCGAUAACCAGCUCCCCGGCGCCGAUGGACUCACUUCCGGCGCCAUUCCUGGCGUUUUCCAGGGCAGGGCCGUGCUGUCCCACCAGAACUUCCUCGACGGCAGGAACAACGCAAACAUUGUGCCCCUUUAUCACCUGCUCCAAAUGGCCAGAACCUAAAGUACUGUAAUCCAAUGCCUAAGUAAAACUGAAUAAACUGUGUACCAUAUAUAUUUUGAA